CUUUCUGAUGCUUGUCAUAGCCCUUCUUGCAAGCUGUUUUUUUCUGACGAUCCAGUGAAGAUUGUGAAGGCAAAGGGCCAGUAUAUGUAUGAUGAGAAUGGGAGACAGUACCUUGACUGCAUAAACAAUGUUGCUCACGUUGGGCACUGUCACCCUGAUAUAGUAAAGGCAGCCCAUGAACAGAAUCAGUUGUUAAAUACAAACUCUCGUUACCUUCAUGACAACUUGGUUGAUUAUGCAGAGAGACUUUCAAAAACACUACCUGAGAAAUUAUGCAUCUUCUAUUUUUUGAAUUCUGGAUCUGAAGCCAACGACCUUGCCCUGAGAUUGGCACGGCAGUACACAAAACAUGAGGAUGUUAUCGUUUUAGACCAUGCUUACCAUGGACAUCUGACAUCUUUGAUUGACAUAAGCCCGUAUAAAUUCAGAAAUCUAGAAGGACAAAAGGAAUGGGUCCACGUGGCUCCUGUUCCAGACACAUACAGAGGAAUUUAUAGAGAAGACCAUGAAGAUGCAAUAACAGCCUAUGCUGAUGAAGUAAAAGAUACUAUUGAGCAUGCACAUAAGAGAGGUAGAAAGAUUGCUGCAUUUUUUGUUGAAUCUCUACCAAGUGUGGGUGGUCAAAUCAUUCCCCCAGCAGGUUAUUUUCAGAAGGUUGCAGAGCAUGUGCACAAGGCAGGAGGUGUAUUUAUUGCUGAUGAAAUUCAAGUUGGCUUUGGCAGGGUUGGCAAGCACUUUUGGGCAUUCCAGCUUCAGGGAGAAGAUUUUAUACCUGAUAUUGUCACUAUGGGGAAACCAAUAGGAAAUGGGCACCCACUUGCUUGUGUAGCAACAACAGAAGAAAUUGCAGAAGCAUUUGCGGCCACAGGAGUAGAGUACUUUAAUACAUUUGGUGGGAACCCUGUUUCAUGUGCCAUUGGAUUGGCGGUGUUAGAUGUGAUUGAGAAGGAACACCUUCAGGCUCAUGCCACAGAGGUAGGCAACUUCUUGAUGAAGAUACUCAAGGAGCAGCAAGUCAAGCAUCCCAUCAUUGGUGACGUCAGAGGUUGUGGCUUAUUCAUUGGUGUGGACUUAAUCAAGGACCAAGCAGAUAGGACUCCAGCCACAGCAGAAGCAGAGGAUUUAAUAACAAGACUUAAGGAAAGAUAUAUUCUACUGAGUACAGAUGGGCCAGGAAGAAAUGUGCUGAAAUUCAAGCCCCCAAUGUGCUUUAAUAUGGAGGAUGCAAAAUUUGUUGUGGAGACAAUUGACAAAAUACUAACAGAUAUGGAAAAAGAAUGUCUGAACCAAUAGAAAAACCUAUUUGUUCUACCUGAGCAGGUUUCAAACAAUGUUCAAGAUCUACUACUAAGAAACAUUAUUCUACUAUAAUAAUGCACAUUUAAUCUUCAUCCUAGCAUGUCUUAGACCAGAUAAGUCACCUUUGAUUUUUCUGUUUUCAUUUAUCUUGUUUUUAGUAAAAGCUCUAGGACAAAUAAAUUUUACAAGAACUUGUCUCAACUCUGGCAGUGUGGAAUUGGCUUUUAUUUUAAACAACAUCUCUAAAACUUAUUAUAAAGGAGGAUCUUUCUAGUGGCCACUACAAAAUACAUUUUCUAAAUUUAUGCACUUUCAGGUUAUGACUUUUUCAUAGGUGUUCUGAUAUUUUUAGGUCUUCAGCUACCUAUGCACACACCAUUCCAGGUGCCAGUACACCCAGUCCUUCCCAGGCUCCUCUACCAGUUUCAGCAGCCAGUGUCAGAACAAGGUCCCUAAGUAGCACAAUAUUCAACAAACACACUCAGCCACCAGGUUAAGUCAAAAACUUCAGUUCCAAAUUCCUAACAUCAAAUGCAUGAGGGACAGACAAGCUGAGGGCUACGUCUCCCAAACCACUUCUUACAGUCUGUCCUCAAAAAAUAUCCAAGUAGGAUUAGUAAAUUAAGAGUAGAUUACAGCCAUAAGCAACAACCUUGUGUACAAGCCUUUACUUUUACCAGGCAGUUCUUUGUAUCACAAACUUUUCAUGCAAAGAAGAAAGGGAAAAGCCAGCUCUGCAUUUAAGUACCAGUAUCCUCAGUUUCUGCCUAAGGCCACAUCACCUGUUAAAGCAUUACCUGAGCACCUACUUACAAAAAUCACCACAAUAACAUCAACUGACAAACUCUUGCUAGGACACUACUAGCCAGAAGGACUGCAGCGAAAUGGUCCUGGUACCAUGCAAUUUUCCCACUGGAGGGCCAAGGUUUUGCUAGAAAAAUAUUCUGCUACCCUUUAUUUCACAGAAAAAAAAUAUUUUAAGUAUGUAAUAAAGUAUUUAAAUCUUGAGACAGUAA